CAAAAAUAUCGAUAAGAUAUCAACAACUCUACUGCAAAACGGAAUAUAAAACACAAAAAAGUUUGCGGAAAAAGAAAAAGUGCAUAUAGCUGACUGCUGACUGUAAAAAUAAUAUUACAAGGCGGCGAUAUAAAGUUGCAAUGUUCGGGAAACAGUGUAAAAAAAGUAAAAACAUGCGCUACUGCGUAUGACGACGGAAUUUCAUUUGAACAAACUAAAUAAUAGUCUGUUUCUGUUUCUUAGUGUGCGUGUUGUACAAAUUUGCUGCCUUAGUGUAAUUUAUUAAACUCGACGGAUUUCCAACCCUCCCCCUCAACUCAACAAACAUAUAAUUUGUGAGGCAAAUAAACCAAACCUACAUAAAUGAUGAUGGUCCGUAGACGCGCUCGUCCCGCCAAAGAGCCCGAACUAAUGGUGGUAACCUCCGACGGCGUUGCAGCUGCUAAUGACGAGGCGCUGACGGCGGUGCCCUUCAAUGGCGAACCAAUGAACGCCGUGGCGGCCACCAAUAAUCUCCUGGAUGAUCAAUAUUUUGCGAGCCCAAAGCGAAAAGACUGCCGCCUUAUGAAAGGCAAUGAAAAUCUCAAGGCGGUUAAUAAUCCGCACAUGAACAACAGCAACACCAACAAAGACAACAGUAGUAUCUCAACAAAACCUGAUACUGGCCGCACAAUUGGCGUUCCGCUGGCAACGCGCUCGCAAACACGCACCAUCGAGAACUUUUUCAGAGCGAAUGCAGCAGCUAAAAGCGCACAUGCCAAGAAAAUGACUACAAUUCUAUCACUACCAACAGAGACAACAAUGGCAACUACAACCACAACGACAGCCACAACCACAACCGAAGAGCAAAAGACAAUAACAAUAAGUGCUGCCCUGGCGGAAGAUCUGGAGGAGGAGUCGCUGAUGUACGAUGCACAUUCCAUGGCAUCCCCGUCGACCAGCACAAGCACUAGCUCACCAGCAUAUCAGCAUAAUGAUGACUUGGAAGUUGGCUCUGAUGUUGGCUUAAACUUCGCACACACAGACACAGACAUAGCCACACAAACAGAUAUACACAUGCAUCGCUCGGGAUUGAGGGACAGUCACAGUUCGACGCAUAGCAGCAGCAGCAGCAGCGCUGCCACAUCAGAUAAUAUAUUUCUGCAGGAGCCAGUGCUGACGCUGGACAUCGAUCGCACACCCACCAAAGCCUCCAGCAUCCGUAUAAACAAAAGCUUUGAGCUGGCUAAUGCCGUAUUCUCGUCACCGCCCUCUGUGCUGAGUGCCUCCAUGCUCAAUGGUCGCUUCAAUCAGAUUGUCACGCUCAAUGGUCACAUGCAGUAUCAUGAUCAUGAGAAUGAUCGUGAGCUCGUGCAGCCGUUGAACGGCUUCGAAUUGGACCAACAUGACAGCAGUUCCUGCGACAGUGGAGUCGCCUGCAGCCUGACGACGGGAACGGGCACGGGUACGGGGAUAGAGACGGGCACAUCGCCUGCAGUGGCGGGCAUGCGUCGACGUAAGCCCGCGACACCGCAUCGCAUUCUCUGCCCCUCACCCAUCAAAACAAUGCCGCGAGACGCCACACUGUUGAAGGGCGGCGAGGCACAGUCGCCCAGAAAGUCGCCACGUAAACUGCAGUCACAGCUGGCGGCAACAGUUGCCUGCAAGUCGCGACGAAGACUGAAUCAGCCAAAGCCACAAGCGCCUUACCAGCAGCCAAGUGCCACGCCAAAUGAUGAUGUUGUCGUUGUAUUGGAUGAUGAUGAGGAUGACGAGGAUGAUGUCCACGCCUUGCUCAAAGCUGCCGAGGAGCGUGAGAAUCUGAACAAAGCUAAAGUAAUGCUCAAGCCAACGACAGUGCCUGCGGCGGCAGUCAAGCCAAAGGCUCCAUCCAAGACAGCAAAGGCCAAGACACUGGCGGGCAAGUCACAGCCGCUGGCAGCGACAAACGGUAACCGUGAACUGACCGAGUUCUUUCCCGUGCGACGCAGCGUGCGCAAGACCAAAACGGCUGUCAAGGAGGAGAUGAUGCGCAAUCUGGAGCAAGCUGUACUCGAGGAGCGCUGUGAGGGUCUACAAGUGCGCCACUUUGUGGGCAAGGGGCGUGGCGUUGUUGCCAAGCGUCUCUUCAAGCGGAACGAGUUUGUUGUCGAAUAUGUUGGCGAUCUGAUUGCCAUCAGUGAGGCUGCAGACCGCGAGCGUCGCUAUGCCCUGGACGAGAAUGCCGGCUGCUACAUGUAUUACUUUAAGCACAAAAACCAACAGUACUGCAUUGAUGCCACCGUGGACACCGGCAAGCUGGGACGGCUCAUCAAUCACUCGCGCAACGGGAAUCUAAUGACAAAAGUCGUUGUUAUCAAACAGCGGCCGCAUCUAGUGCUAUUGGCCAAGGACGACAUUGAGCCUGGAGAGGAACUGACUUACGAUUAUGGCGAUCGUUCCAAGGAAUCGCUACUGCAUCAUCCAUGGCUGGCAUUUUGAGCCUGCAAGGAGCAACUAUCAUUACCUAAUUACAUAAUAAAUAUUAGCUAAGAUAUUCUUUGAUGAAAAUUGAAAAGCAAGAGAAAAAAAAAUGAAACCGAAGAAGUUGAAGAUGAACUAAAAACUGUUAGUGCAAAAUAUCGUAAUUGAUAAUGUGUCACUUCAUAUUUUUGGAUUUGUUAACGUUUUUACUUUGUGUUAAGGCAUCGAUAAGAGUAUGAUGCAUUGAUUGAAUUGAAACUGUUAAACAUUUAGAAGAAGAAGUUGAAGAAGCCGUAUGCUGAUGAUUAUGACAUUAACAUUGCAUUCACAUUUAUAAUGAACGUACAUACUAUUUAUAUAGAUUAGAGAUAUGAAAUAUUGUAUUGCUAAUUAUUAUAUAUAUACAUAUUAUGUACUAUUUACUGCCAUAGUGCUAUCUAUAUACACCCCGUGCACCUCGCUCGUCAAUCCCAAUCAAAACAAAAAAACAAUUCAAAAAAAAAGAGAAAAAAAAAACAAAAAUAAGUUCUGACUAGAUUAAAAAUAUGAUUAUAAUUAUGGCAUUAUAAAUCCAUUUACAAACACACACAAGGCUUUCUGUAGCGUCCUUCGGCAACAACUACUUCCUGAGAGACACUUACUUCUCCCAUUGAGCUUCCUCAGGCAAAAGUGAGCCGCAUGUUUGAUGUAGACUUUAAGCAGGUUUCAAUAACUCCAAUGAAUCCCUCCCAGCAUGCCUCCAACAAAAAUCACACAUUAAUCCAAUUAAAUGCAGCAGCAUAUCCUCCCGCCCUGUAUCCAUGGAAAUCCUAUUGAUAAGUAAAUCAAUGCAAGAUUGUAUUGCAGACAACUUGGUUCAAAUUAUUAAAUAAACAAUAACAAAAUAUUUGUCAA